AUGUCUGUCGCUUCUUCAUAUAGGAAUGACCACCAGGAAAUGAUCCCGACCAGGGAGCAUAGAAGAUUUUCCCAUGGCACGCUAUUUGCUCCACGUCCAACGGAAGCAAGUUCAAUUUCGCCGGAACAGGCAUUGGCCCAUAUGAUUAAGGUAAUGAUGGGCACCGGUAUGCUGAGUUUGCCGAUUGCCUUCAAACAUUCGGGACUCUACUUGGGAAUGAUUUUGCUUACCUUCAUCUGUCUGAUUUGCAUCUACUGUACACGGCAAUUGGUGUUUGCCCAACAUUACGUCGCUCAUCUGAAAGGACAAACCCGAAUGGACUAUGCUAAUGUGAUGAGGAGUGCGGUGGAAAUCGGUCCACCAUCCGUGCGUGGCUGGGGAUAUUUUGCUAAAGUAACAAAAUAUGAAUCCGGGGAUUUAAAUGCAUUUCUUAGACAAUGCGUCAAUAUCAACAUGUUUGUUGCUCAACUCGGUUUCUGCUGCGUCUAUUUUGUAUUCAUGGCAGACAAUCUGAAGCAGUUCUUUGAUCAAACUUCCAACAUUCACAUCUCGCAAGCCGGAUGGAUUGGCCUUUUGCUUGUGCCUUUGAUGGCGCUAUGCACUAUUCGCGAAUUGAAGGCUCUUGCUCCAUUGGCUGGGAUGGCCAACGUUCUCUACCUAGCUGCUGUUGUCAUCGUACUUUACGAGAUUUUGCAGGUGGAAAGGUCUACUUCCGAACUUCCGGCCUUCGGUGAUUUAGCUUCGUUACCGCUUUUCUUCGGAACUGUUAUGUUCUCAUUUGAAGGUGUAGCCGUGGUACUUCCAAUUGAAAACCAAAUGGACGAACCAGCUAGCUUCAUCUCUGCAAACGGUGUCCUCAACACUUCUUGCUUCUUGGUGCUUUUGCUGUACAUUGGUGUCGGGUUUUUCGGGUAUCUGAAGUAUGGCGCUGCCGUCAUGGACACGAUUACAUUGAAUCUACCACAAAGCAGCUUCUACCAAGUAAUCAAAUUAAUGUUUGUUUGCUGUAUCCUCGUAUCCUACCCCCUCCAAUUCUACGUCCCAAUGGAGCGUGUGGAAAAAUGGGUGCACCGAAAGGUGGCCGUCGAAAAGCAGGAAAAGCUCAUCUACGGUAUCCGGUUCCUGGGUGUUGCCUUCACCUGCGUCAUGGCACAACUAAUUCCACACCUGGCGUUGUUCAUCUCGCUCGUUGGCUCGGUGGCCGGUACUUCGCUCACACUAGUGUUUCCGCCGCUUAUUGAAUUGCUGUGUUAUUACUCGAAGGGAACAUUGACCAAAUGGGUGUGGAUUCGGAAUAUUGCAAUUAUGCUGUUUUCGAUUGUUGGAUUUACGACGGGAACCUACGCCAGUCUCGUCCAAAUCGUUGAAGCAUUUGGAAAGUCUGAUGUC